UAGCAAAAAAUACAACAUGUGUCAUAUUCAACUUCAAUUAUCCAGUUGUUCAGAUUCUUCCUUCCCCUGCAUAAAUCAUCAUCAUUAAAAAAAUCAAAAAACACCCUCCAACUCCAAGACCUUAUUCACACAUGUGCUAGUGGAACCAAUAACCAAACCCCAACACACACAUAACACAAACAACACAGAUCAAGUUUCUCAUUCCCUAGACAGAUCCCAACAACAACAUAGACAACACAAAGAGAGAAUGCACGCAAAGACAGACUCAGAGGUAACAAGCCUCGCCGCGUCUUCCCCCACGCGCUCCCCUCCACGCCGUCCUCUCUACUAUGUUCAGUCUCCCUCGCGAGACUCUCACGACGGCGAGAAAACCGCAACGACGUCGUUUCACUCAACGCCCGUUCUCAGCCCCUCUGCCUCUCCUCCUCACUCGCGCCACUCCUCCUCCACGCGCUUCUCCAAGAAAGACCAUAGCCACAGCCUCAAGCCGUGGAAGCAAAUCGAUGUUAUUGAAGAAGAAGGGCUUCUUCAAGGGGAUGAUCACCAUAACGGGCUUCCACGUCGGUGCUACUUUCUCGCGUUCGUUGUUGGGUUUUUGGUUCUCUUCUCCUUCUUCUCGCUUAUCCUUUGGGGGGCUAGUAGGCCCAUGAAGCCCAAGAUCAACAUCAAGAGCAUAAAGUUUGAUCAUGUUAGGGUCCAAGCAGGUUCGGAUGCAACAGGGGUAGCCACCGAUAUGAUCACAUUGAAUUCCACUUUGAAAUUCACAUACCGCAACACAGGCACAUUUUUUGGGGUCCAUGUCACAUCCACACCCGUGGAACUGUCCUAUUCAGACAUUGUAAUUGCUUCGGGAAAUAUGAAGAAGUUUUAUCAAUCUAGGAGGAGCCAAAGGUUGGUGAGUGUAGCAGUGAUGGGUAACAAGAUCCCUCUAUAUGGAAGUGGUGCUAGCCUAAGUAGCACAACGGGUGUGCCCACUGUGCCUGUGCUAUUGAACCUCAACUUUGUGCUACGAUCUAGGGCUUAUGUGCUUGGGAAAUUGGUGAAGCCUAAGUACUACAAAACCAUUCAAUGUUCCAUAACUUUGGAUCCAAAAAAGCUCAAUGCUGCGAUUUCCCUCAAGAAAUCUUGCACAUAUGAUUGAUACAUGUGACGGAGAGCAAGUGGGAAUUAUUUGAAAAAUAAUAAUAAUAAUAAAAAUAUUGUUUUAUGAUUAAUGUGUUCUUUUGAUGUGAGGAAAGAAAUGGUACAGCCAGAGAGCAGUGUGCCAAGGACGCGUUUUUGGGACUGCUUGGGCUGCCCAAAUUGCCUCAAAUUGCGGUAAGACAAAGACAUGCAUGUUGGGUUCGGUAGAGAAAUGUAAUCUUGUGAUUGAUCAUUUCAUGAAGACAUUUUUUUGGGUUGAUUAUUUGUCCGAUUUUAAUUUAUUAAUUGUAAAAGUGACAGGUAAUUUGAAUUCAUUCAAUCUCAGUGUUGUAAUUGCAUCUUUCUCCAUGUAAUUAUGGUGUAAUUAUAGCCAUAUAAAUUUCGCUUUUUGAUUGA